AUGACAGACCCCUUCCCCUCCUACCUCAUCACACCCGCAGAAUACCACAAUGUAGUCACCACAACCAAGACGGCGAGGAGGAUCAUCCCCUUGGCAGCAGGGCGGCCGGCGCUUCUGCCGGCGUUCGAAGCCCACCACCUCCCUGGCACGAAAUUCUUUGAUCAGUCGAUCAUCCGCGAUACUACCUCCCCCUACCCCCUCAUGCUCCCUACCGCCGAAGCCUUUGCCGCCGCCAUGACAGCCCUCGACAUCCGGCCCGCCGACAUACUCGUCGUGUACGACGCAUACGAGAUCGGAACCUAUAGCGCGCCGCGCGUGGCAUGGAUGUGCUCGUUCUUCGGCCACGAAGCGGUGCAUGUCCUGAACAACUUCCGCGUGUAUGUGGAUUUGGGAUACCCGGUGAGCUCGGGGGAGAUCUCGAAAGGGGAUGGAAUCCCAGGAGAGCCGGGGGAUGCGUAUCCCAUCGCGACGAUCCCGGAUCCUGAUAGAGUGAUCUCAUAUGAGGAGGUCAAGGGGUUAGUUGGGGACGAAGAGGUUAAGAUUGUGGAUGCGAGAAUCGCGGGUCGAUUCAAUGGGAAGCAGAGUGAAGAGGACACCAGCUUGCGGUCGGGACAUAUUCCUGGCGCAGUCAAUGUGCCUUUGGCAAGGUUAUUGGAUGAAACGUCCAAGGUGAUACUGCCCGCUCGCUCACUCAAGGACAUCUUUGAGGAGGCAGGAUUGUCCGUCGUGAAAGAGGUCCCACGGUCGUGGAUUCUGACCUGUAACUCCGGCGUGACUGCCGCUGCACUGGAUCUAGCACUCUCGGAAAUCGGCGCGAAGGGCCCUAGAAGGUUAUAUGAUGGUAGUUGGAUGGAAUGGACAAGGCGAGCCGAGGAAGAGCUGGUGGUCGUUGACACGAACAGCUGA